AUGAAGUGGGGACUUGCUGAACGAUACACGCUGCUCUUGAAGCUCUGUGAGCUCAAUCCUUCCAUCCUAACAGCCAAGCCAGAUCAAAUCGAGAAGAUCCGCGAAACAUGGCCACUAGGCGACACUCCUACCUCGCGCAUGAUCCCAUACCAGUUUACAGAAAUCCGGAAAGAGAUUAGGAACGGCUGUGUGAUCAAACCAGGUACCAAUACCAGUACUGUUCCUAGUAGUGGCAGCACGCCUGCUACACCAAACACACCCGCGACUCCAAAACCAAAGACUGGCUCUAAUGCCAACACACCAUCGAGUCUCAAACGAGCCGCUACCACAGCACCUAGCUCAACACCAUCUAAACGACCAAAAACAACACCAGGAGGUAAGAAACGCAAACUCCCCAGAAACUCUGACGACGAAGAAACGAUGGCCUCGAAUAUAACCUCUGAAGACGAAGCAGAAGCCUCCAACGCCGACACUGAUACCGAAGUGGCAGCUGAUAUCCCUCUUGUAUCCCGAUUCAACACGAUUGAGCGACGAAAGUUGCCAGCACGUUCCAAGUCUCGGUCGAAGUCGUAUGUUCAGGAGGCGGGUUCUUCUGGUGAGGAUGCUGGGGCGAAGGAUAUGGAUAGUGAUCUCGACGGGUUGUUUGAUCCGGAUCAAGCUAAGAGGGAUGCGGAGAAGGAGAAAGGAGGAGUUAUGGUGGGCGAGGCAGCAGUGGACUUGGAUGAGGACAGGGAUUUGGAUGGUGCGAGUCUGCCAAUGGAGGAGAACGGAAUCGAUGCAGAGAAAGUGAAUGGAGAUGAUGAGGAGGGCGAUGAGGACAUCAAGUUGGAGAGCGACAAUGAGACGACUUUUACUGCUCAAGAACAUAUCUUACCUGCUUAA